AUGCCGCUACUGCCGACCAUUGAGGAAGAGGGCAAACUGUCUUGGCUGCGUCUGAUGUGGCGCUAUCGCUUGCAGUUUCAGUCCCUGACCGCGGCUGCGCUUGUGUUUGUGGGCAGCGGCAUGCGUUUGGGUUGGUCCAUAUUUGACACGCCCGCGGGCAAGUUCCUGAACGACUACAAUACACACAAUCUGAUGAUGAGUUGGUUUAUUGGCGCUGCUGUCGGUGCUCUGCUGGCAGCUCUGUUUGUUCAGCGCGUUACCAAAAACGUGGCCUAUACCUCCAGCGGAUUUCUGUUGCUUGUGGCUGGCAUACUGAACUUGGCGUUGCCGCGUCACUUCAUCUCCGCCUGCUACAGCAGCGUCAGCGUGGGCGCCGCAUACGGUCUGACCCAGGUGCAGGCGUUGGUGACGGGCUCGGAGAUGGCACACAAGUCCAUACGCGGCAUGCUGCUGAGCUGUGAGCGCAUCUUUCUCUGGCUGGGCGUCUGCAUACAGGUAUUCUAUACGCGCGUCUGGUAUACCUUGGAGCCAGUGGAAAGGGGACACACCAUGCACAUUGAUCAGUUGCAUGGCAUCCUGUUGGCCGCCCUGGGCGUGGCUGCGGUCAUCUUGUCCCUUUCAUAUCGCCUGGAGUCGCCUCUAUUGCUGCUGCGCCAGGAUCGGGAUAUGGCAGUUGGCGACACGCUGAAGCAGUUAAAUGGCCAUUCGCAGUCUGGCACAGAGCUACUGCGUCUGCGCGAAGAUUGCCGCCAGCUGCAUAAUACGCGCGAAUGGGAACAGUUCGCAGAUGGCUCCCUGGAUCCUUGUUGGCAGCGCUGGUCACGUCGUCUGCUGCCGCUGCUGAAGGUUCUCCUCCUGCGCUGUUUUGCAGCACUGGCGCUCUCCUUGCCCUAUAAUCGCGCCUUUCUGGUGGUCAGCUGGCACGGCCUCGAGUGUGACAUGAAUUGUCUGUACUGGCUGGCAUUCUGCGGCCUGCUUGGCAGCUUGGGCGGAGCCCUACUAGUGGAUUGGCAGGGUCGGCGCAAACCCUGCUCGCUUUCGCUUUUUGUAGCGGGCAUUGUCAUUGUCAUGGUUGGCGGCGUCUUUGAGCAUCUGGAGUCGGUUAAGAAGACCUACUACGACAUCAAUCUGCAGGCAAUUGCACUCCUCAUGCUGCUUUUUGAGGUAAUUGUAGCUGCGGGCGUGGCUGUGCCCGCCCUGGUCUACUCUGGGGAGGCCUUCAGCGUGGCGCACAAAGCGAAAUGCUUGGCGGGCGUCCUCAUCUGUGAGCAGGCUCUGCAGCUAGGUCUCAUGGUGGCCGCCUUUGAGCACAGUCUGAGGGAUUCGGUGUUCUUUUUUACCUUUGGGGCCAUGAGCUUUGCCUUUGGACUGCUGGUCUUCAUGCUAAUGCCUGAGACGCGACAGCUGACGCUGUACGAAUGCCUGCUUAAGUUUAAGAAAGUUCCUUAGACCUUAACUCGAUUAGCAAUCGGGUAUUCAUAAAAAAAAACUAUCUCUCCGUAUGUACCAUUAGUCGUAUACAUUUAUCUCUGCUAGUAAUAAAAUUAUCGUUCUAUGUGUA